CCAUGAUCCAGAUGACACGAACAACACCUGUCCAAGAUCAAGAAAUCUUUCAAGCUCCUUUGGAUAUUAUUUCAGAUCUUUUGUCGCAGAAUGAUGAUAUAUUGAAGAAUGUUUCUCAUGAAAGCAUCAUCACUGCAGUUGCCCCACUGUUGGAGGACAGCCAGCCACCGCCAGAAAUUUGCCUGUUCUUUAGUAAACAUUGUCGCAAUUCUCCCCGGUCAUCAGUCGUGAUGGAACUAUUUACACCAGUGGUUCAUCGAAUCCUGAAACACAAUAUGAACCCAAGACUUCAAACGUUUGUUCGAGAUUUUGUUCUUGCUCUUGGCUGUAAGAAUGAUGCUGAAAGUGCAAUUCAGAAAUUUGUCAGCAGCAUGCAUGGCCCAGCAAGCGACUGCCCUCAUCCACGUGUCCUGCCAAAUCUCGUCUCCAUGUGUCUGGCAUCCAUCGCAAUGUACUAUCAAGAAGCCAAUGGGUGUACCCCUUACGGCCUGCCAAAUGAAAUGAAUAUGGAAGAUAGUGAUUGCUCUUCGGAUGACGGCAGUUUCCAGCAAGAAGACAAACUUCUUUGUUUUCUAAUGCUCUUGAAAGCCACAGCCGACUACGAGGAUUGGCUGCCAAAUUUGUCUGGAAUGCUACUACCCAUACCAGUUCCAAAGGCAUCACUUAGCGACCCACGAUUAACCAAAAAUAUUGAGUACAUUAUGAGAAAGUUUGUGCAGGACACAAGAUGUGAGGUUCACACUGCUGUGUGUGCAGUUCGUGAUGGUAAGCCAGGCUGGCUUGACCUUUACUGUCCUGGUGGACUGGCCUGCACUGAUGAUGGUCAGUUGUUUACAGAAAUGCUGGAGAGGUUAAUAGCCUGCUGUUGCAGACGCAAGCGCUUUCUACAGUCUGUCAAUUCUAGGAUAUACGAGCCGUGUCUACGUCAAGCAUCAAACAAGAAUCUGACUUGUUUACAGUAUUUGUGCUUGCUACUGGAAUUUGAUGCUCUAUCAACACCUGAGUUAAAACAAAAGACAAUUGCAGCUCUGCAGGAAUUUGAUGAAGGGCGGAACAUGUAUGCAGAGCUGUGUGAGAAACAAUCAGAGUUAUUGCAACUGCGAGAACCGGGUGGACCGCAUUCACUGGUGCUGCCAUCAAAGUCUACGGAUGCAGAUCUGAAGCGAAUGUUUAGUGAAGGUCCACUUGGUGACUUAGAGACAUUGAAUCUGGCGUUCACACAUAUUACCAGUGCAUGCGCACAAACUCUUGUCAAGCUGCCAAAUCUUAAGCAUCUAAACCUCUGGUCAACUCAGUUUGGUGACUCCGGGCUUGAAACAAUCACAGAACAUCUUCAUCACUUAGAAAGUUUAAAUUUGUGUGAAACGCAAGUGACGGAUGCAGGACUCCGUUGCCUCACAGAUUUGAAGCAGCUGAAACGAUUGGAUCUUAAUAGUACACCACUGACAGCUAAAACACUGCAGAUUCUCACAAAUUUACUCCCAAAUCUUCAGUGGGUAGGGACCAGAUACACAGAAGUGAAUUAAAAAGCCAGUCAAGUUUUUAACAAGAUUUGUAUCGCUUUUUGUUUGGCAUUACAGAGCUCACUGCCUGAACUUGUGUGGCUGGAUGUGCGUUACACAGAAGCAUAUGCUGAAAUGUGGAAACAAUGAGGGGAAAGGAAGGGGGAAAAACAACUGACACCUGAUUUAUAUUGAACUAGCAGACAGUACCACCUGCUACAAUACUAGUGGCCAUUACCGCCUUCUUAAUAUUGAAAAGGUGGACAUUACUGCCCUCUUUAUAUAGUACUGGUUGGUAUGACGACCUGCAUAGUACUGACUCUACCACAUUGCUUUACAUAGAAAUAGUGGACAUAAUUAUCACCUGUUUAUAUAACACUUUUGGGUGCUUUAUAAUGGUGGACAUUACAACCUGCUAUAUAAUGAUGUAUAUAAUUACCACCUGUCUUAUAUAAAGAUGGUGGACAUUACCACCUGCUUUAUAUAAAAAUGGUGGACAUUACCACCAAUGUAUAAUGGUGAACAUUACUACCUGCUUCAUAUAAAAUGGUGGACAUUACCACCUGUUUUCUUUAUAUAAAAUUGUGGAUAUUAGCACUUGUUUUCUUUAUAUGAAAUGGUGGACAUUGACACCUGGAAAUCUGUACCACCUGCCUAAUAUCAUUGUGCAAAUAUUAACAUUUGGAAAGCAAUUAUUUUUUUAUGAACAAAGAAUUGUUAUUUUUACUGAUAGUUCAAAGUGCCUGUUGAUUUUAAACAUUUUGUUUUAUGUUUUGUAGUCACUGGACAUUGUCAUUUUGGAAUCAUUGUCCAUACAGUUUUUACAGCACAAUUAUUAUCACUGUAAUAUUAAAGUACUGUUUUCCUUUUCUAUAUCGACAGUCUCUCUUUGAAUGAGGGAUCAGGAAUUUUACAUGUGCUAACGGUGUUCGAAUUUGAUUCAAUUUCAUUUUCAAAGAAUGUUAAUUAUGAUAUUACUUGCUGCAUGUUCUGAAGAGGAAAAUGGAAGAUAGAGUGUUUUUGAUAUUCAUUGAUAUUUGAGGUUGAAUAUUCACAAGGUCUUGUGAACUUUGCUAAAUACAGCAUCACCAGCAACCUCAGCAAUUGGGUGAUUCCUCACUAAUGUAAGAGGUGCACUAGCUUUACCUACCUUUAAUAUCUGUCAAGUUGUUGUAAAGUACCAACAAUUUGUACAAAAAGUUUAAAACAUUUCCGCGUUUUUGUGUUUGUAAAUUUGAAAUUUUCUAUAUAACCAUCCAUAUGUAUGUAAUCUUAAAUUGAUUGCGAUGUUUUGUUUACUUUUAAAUGUAAAUGUACAAGAACGUUAUUGUAAUAGUUAGUAUUGCAUAAGAGAUAUAUCAUAUUGGAAUGCUGAUUUAUUUAAAAGAUAAGGAAUCUUAUUGAAAUCAGAAGCACAUAUCUCACCAGCACUUUUUAUAUACUGGCAUCACAAUGUUUUAUGUACAAGCUAAGAUUUACUUUUAGCUGAACAUUCUGCCAACUUCUACAGAUAUCUAUAGUUAUAGAUUUAUGUUAUGCAAGUUCACUGAAUGUUCUACAUUCACAUGUUUAGCUUCUCUGUAUAAUGAUCGUGGAUAAAUUGAUUUAAUAGAAGGCUUAAUAUCUCGAGAACUUCAAUUUUAAGUGGAUUAUCUGGUCAAUUUCUAAUGAUCCAUUUUCUGAUUAGAAUUAAAUCUUUCACAGCUAUAUUGUCCUCGGAA